AUGCCUCAACAAACAAUAGAAACAUCGUCCAAACAUACCUUCCAACAUUCUAAUGAAAAUCCUGACAAACAUUCUCUCCAACAUUCUCCCAAACAUUCUCCCGAACAUUCGUUAAACCAUCCAAACAUCCCUCAAUUACAACAAAAACAUCAACAAAUGUUAGCACAAACAUCUAAACAAUCCCAACAAAUUGUUUCCACAUUAGAGCACUCAACAAAACAUACCGACCAACAAAACAUUCAACAACCUUCCUUGCAACAUCAUUUAUCUGUUCCUCAAAAUUCCAAUGUCUUGUUGACAGAAACAAAUUUAAACGAAAAACCUGAAGAAAAUGUUUUUACAGUUACAAAAGAGUCUAUAUUGAAGAAACGAAAAUCUUAUCAAAAUAAAAACAUAAAAAAAUUAGAAUUGCCUUUUAGAAUUAAAACAUUAAGUAAGUAA